CGUGUUCAGCUGGUUGGGUUCUCCCGGUUCGAACAUGGCCGAGAUGGAGACGCAAAACACCGGCACGGAGGACGGCUUCACUCCUGUCACGCACAGAGGCGGCCGGCGGGCGAAGAAGCGACAGGCAGAGCAGCCGUCAGCGCCGGGACAGGACGGAGACGCCAGCCGCAUGGACACGGAGGAGGCGCGGCCGGCGAAGAGGCCGGUCUUCCCGCCGCUGUCGGGCGAGCAGCUCCUGACUGGGAAAGAAGAAACAAGGAAAAUCCCGGUCCCCUCUAACAGAUACACACCGUUAAAAGAAAACUGGAUGAAGAUAUUUACUCCGAUCGUAGAACACUUGGGACUUCAGAUACGCUUUAACCUGAAGUCAAGGAAUGUGGAAAUCAGGACUUGCAAAGACACCAAGGAUGUCAGUUCCCUGACAAAAGCAGCCGACUUUGUGAAAGCCUUUGUUCUCGGGUUUCAGGUGGAGGAUGCACUUGCCCUUAUCAGGUUGGAUGACCUCUUCCUAGAGUCUUUUGAAAUAACCGACGUUAAGCCCCUAAAAGGAGAUCACCUGUCAAGGGCAAUAGGAAGAAUUGCUGGCAAAGGAGGAAAAACCAAAUUUACCAUAGAGAAUGUGACUCGGACACGGAUUGUUUUAGCAGAUGUGAAAGUUCACAUUCUCGGCUCUUUCCAGAACAUCAAGAUGGCAAGGACUGCCAUCUGCAACCUCAUCCUAGGAAAUCCUCCAUCAAAGGUUUAUGGCAAUAUCCGAGCUGUGGCCAGCAGAUCAGCAGACCGGUUCUGAUUCCCCUCCAACCUUUAAGAUGUUUUCAUAAAACCAUGGGAAGAUUUCCCAGCCGACUACAGCUCAGGAUUUUUUGUUUUUUUAGGUCUCAGCCCAAGCAGGAACAGAAGGGGAUGGUUUAAUAGGACUUGUACUCUACUGCUUCUAGAAUAAUUUAAAUAUGAAAAUGAAAUACUGUUAAUACUUAACACAUUGCGUGUAAAUUGCUUUUUCACUUUAAAUCACAUGGGACAGACUCACAGUUUAAAAUCUUGCCAUUUAGAGGCAACUUCUUAAGACAGAUUUGUAACUAAACUUGUGAGCAUUUUUUUAAUUAAAAUCUCUGAAGACCUGUGAAUCACAGUUCUUGGUACAGGGCACUGUGACUGCUUCAGGGUUGGGUCAUAACAGUAGUCUGCACUAUUGAACCUUAUGUGUUCAUCUUCCACUCAGUGUAUUUUAUGAAAUGAAAGCCCUGCAUCACAAGGCUAAUGAAUUACUUUUCAAAUAAGUAAUGAAAGUAAAACAGCUUUCCCAAGAAAAUUAUGUUUUCCAAACAGUAUAUUCUUGUAACUCGUGUCUGUGUAUAUGAAUUUGCUUAUUUCUUAUAUUGUUUAGAACCUAUUUCAUUAAAUAUGAGAUUUAGAUACUACA